AUGGUGUGGGAUUUGGACAAUGUUUGGGCUGAUGAUUGGAACGUUGCUGCUCCUAUGGAUUCUUACAAAGCCGUCAUGCCCGAAAUACAUGUUCUUUUAGUCGAGCACGACGAAAAUAGUCUCCUUAGGACAGCCGAGCUGCUCGAAAUGUGCGGAUACAGAGUGACUAUCGUGGAGCUUGCAUCGUCUGCGUUAGCAAUGCUCAUAAGUGGAAAGGUUAAAUUCGACGCUGUGGUAGCCGACAUCAACUCACCCGACCUCCAUGGAUUAAAGCUUUUGCAGCAAGCUGUUUCCAUGUCGCUUCCUACUCUUAUGAUGUCGGCGGAGGACGACGAAGCAACGGCGGUGAGGGCCCUGCAGAUUGGGGCAGUGCUUUACAUUAGGAAGCCUAUAACUCUGGAGAUUCUGAAGUCACUAUGGCAGCACGUGCUGAGGGAGCAGAUUCGGGCAAGACGACAGGCGGAAUCCAGCAACCAUGGGAGGCUUAUGGGUGCAAAAAACCCUAAUUUGAAUCUGAAUCUGAAUCUUCGCCAUUACAGCUGCAGGAAUAAUGGAGACAACAAUGUGGAACAGAACUACCGCAGGAGGGCGAUGAGCAACGUUGGCAUCAACAUCAAUGGAGUCAAAAACCCUGAGAUUAUCAUUGUCGAUCAAGAUCAAGAUGCAGCUCGCCCCCAUGGAAUGAAGAGGAAGAUGUGCACCGAGUGGAACCAAGAACUGCACCAGAAGUUCAUGGAUGCUGUCUAUCAGCUUGGGGAAGGAAAGUGUUUCCCCAAAGACAUCCUGCAGAUCAUGAAUGUCCCUGGCCUGACAAGAAUGCAAGUUGCAAGCCAUCUUCAGAAAUGCCGAAACUACAAAUGGCGCCUCCCAAAGGACCGCCGGGGCCAGCAGCCGACCGGCGUGGCGAUCAUCGAGGAUCGCAGUCAGGAGGACAACAAGCCGAGGAAAUUUGGGUGCAUGCCAAAACUGGAGAUUAAUGAUCUCCCGCAGCAGGCCACCAGCGGCGGCAGCAGCAGCGGCAGCGGCGGCGGCAUAGAGAUGGAGGAGCACGGUGGCGUCAAGGUCACUGUCCAGGAAGCCGCAGUGGGUAUGGAGGACCUGCUGGCGGAUUCGGAGCAGCCCGGCGACCCUGACCCGGCCCCGGGUGCCUACUGA